UGCAUCACAUGAAGGGAUAAAAAUAACGCAAAUAUAAACAAAACUAUGGUUUCUGUUGAAAAGACAAUUGUUUAAAACAUGAAUGUGAACAGAUCAAAUACAGAAGAUGGAAUAGUCAACUAGAAGAAGUUAUAAAAUGUCACAAUGGGAUGAACCCCCAACAACCUUGACCUCCUUUGGACCUCUGAGUUCAGACAUUUCAGAAGGAGGCAGUCUGUUUACUAGACUUUGGAAUAGAAAGAAAAAUGGGAGCCGAUCAGCAUCAAGGGAAGGCUCUACAGAAAGGAAACCUAAAACAACAGACAAAGAAGUCCUUUCAGCAUCUUCCCCUGUGAGUGAUGACAAACCUGUUGAAGAUAAACCUAGUUUACCUCAAGUUAAGCAUGUGGUAAAACCAAGUUUACCUGAUAUUUACAGUACAGCUACAGCCAGAACCUUGACGGGAGUUCUGAAUAGAUUGAGUAGUAUUGUGAGGACCGGGACCCCUCAAACCUACAAAGACAGUGACUUUAAACAGUACUGGAUGCCUGAUGAAAGCUGUAGAGAAUGUUACGAUUGCGGCGACAAGUUUACGACCUUCAGACGACGCCAUCAUUGUAGAAUUUGUGGACAGAUUUUCUGUAGUAAAUGUUGUAAUCAGGAAUUACAAGGCAGGAUUAUAGGUUAUAAAGGUGGAAUACGAGUGUGUACAUAUUGUGGUAAGGUAGCUAUGAGUGCGUUACAGAAUGAUUCUAGUGGUCACAUCAGUGUGGAUGAUAAAGAGGAACUCCAGCUGUCUAUGGACCCAGAAUCCCAAGUAUACAGCUUAUGGGGGUCAAAAAAGAGGACAUCACAGGAUUUAGCAAGGUCAUCAUCAAUAUUAGCCCCUGGUACACCAAGUAUCGAUGUCCUGAUACCAUUUGACCUCUCACAAAGUAGUUCUGAGACAGAUAUGAAUACUGGACUUGGUAGGAAAUUCUUAGAGGAUUCUGUCCAACUCCGUGAUAUCUGGAGACAAAUUGUUGAUCAAUCUAAAGGUGUGGAGAUGCAGAGUCAUAGGAUACGUCUGAAAACCUACUACAAGUGCAUUGUGGGAAAUAAACUGGUGGACUGGUUACUUAGCAAUGACAAAGCAGCUCAAAGAAUGCAGGCAGUUGUUAUUGGUCAAGCUCUACUGGACGCUGGUUAUCUAGAGAUUAUUGGUGGACAACAGAACAUCUUCCAGGACAACUUUACUCUCUAUAAACCAUCAGAGACUACUCCCAUAGACCCACCAGACAUCAGUAUAACGGACAGUACAGAACCACAAUGGCUACAGGAGAUUGAUAGUAAAACAGAUCAGUUGGAAAGCUUAACUGCCUCAGAAGACCAGAGCAGCAGUGGCCAGGAUGAGACUGCUAGUACAUUUUAUGUUCCUCUUGACAGCAAUGAAGACAAUGAAUUUGAACCAUUACCAAGGCAAGAUUCACACGCUGCAGGCUAUACAGAAGAUAUUAUAUCAGCCAGCAUGUUUAGUGGUUCCCAGAGUAUACCAGCCACCAAGCUGAUCAAGUCUGUCUGCUGGAGAAACUCAGAUACCCUCAAGGAAGACAAUGGAGAGAGAAGGGCUUACUCCUUACUCAAAAAGGCUCAUCAGGAUCACCUGAAUGGUUUAGUUCAGCAGAUGUUAUGUGACGAGGGUUUGUCUAAAACAUGGACCGACAUUGUCAUUGGUACGGCUCAACGUGUCAGUAAUUAUGUCAGACCCGAUGUCAGAGAGGAAGGAGACGAUAUGAAUAUACUGAAAUAUGUCAAGUUCAAAAAGAUCCCCGGAGAUUCAAAAGAACAGACUUGGUUAGUUCAUGGUGUUGUAUUCACCAGGAAUAUAGCUCACAAACAAAUGUCACAGAAACUCGUCAAUCCAUACAUUCUCCUGCUUAAAGGUUCUAUAGAAUAUCAGAGAGUAGAAAAUAAAUUUUCCUCAUUGGAACCCCAAAUUCUACAGGAAGAGGAGUUUCUGAAGAAAAGUGUAAAGAAAAUAUCGUCCCUUCAUCCUAAACCAAACAUUGUAAUCGUAGAGAAGUCUGUCUCUAGACUAGCACAGAAUUAUCUUCUAGAGAAAGGGAUUACUCUAGUGUAUAAUGUUAAACUGUCUGUGAUGGAGAAAAUAGAAAGACUAACACAGGGAUGUAUAGUACCGUCUAUAGAUGGGAUAGUUAGUGGACCAAUCACUCUCGGAUUCUGUCAUAACUUUAAAGUAUGCCACUUCAACUUGCCUUCAGGAGACACAAAGACAUUGUUAUGUUUUGAUGGAUGUGCACAACACUUGGGUUGUACCAUUGUUCUUAGAGGGGGAUCAAAAGGAGAACUGACAAGGAUUAAAAAGGUUGUAAAACUGAUGAUAACUGCGUGUUAUAAUUCCCAGCUAGAGAUGUCCUAUUGUAUGGAUGAGUUUGCUAUGCCAGAUUCACGGGCAGACGACAGUUCAAUGGAGACUGAUUCUGUGAUUAACUUUACCGAAGAAAAAACUGGUGUUAAAGUGUCUGACUAUUUACUAGAUUCUAAAUCGGGGGUAAAUUUGUUGAAAUUAGACUUGGAAGAUACCAACAAGGACAUUAUAAGAAAUAAUGAUAGAGGUGAAACAAGUAAUGAUUGUUUGGGAAAGGAUAGCAAUCAGCCAGAAACUAACUCUGAUAGACCUGUUUUUAAUAUAGGAGAAAGUGAUUCAAAUAAUGAAGAUAUUUCAACAGACGUUAAGAAAGGGCAGAUAACUAUGCAAAACAAUUCUUCCAAAAGUAAUACAACUGAAAACUUGCUUGAAGCAAAUCAGAAUGAGUAUAACAAUAGGAAAUUUGACCAUACAGAAAAUGUUGGCUCUUUUGUAGCAGUUGGUGAUAGUUGUAAGACCAAUACACAUAAUAUGACCUUAAAAGUUGAGGAAGGUCAGACUAAAUUAGGAAGACAACAUUCGACUGGGUUAAUUCCCCUGAACGACCAGUCUGAUCCUCUUUAUAUGUACCAGAAAAACCAAGAUGAUGCAAUCUUUCAUAGUACUGUCACUUUGGAAGCAAAAACCCAAAAACGCUGUGCAAAGUUUAAAAAAACUCUUGCAGAGAUACUUCUGUCAACAUCGCCAUAUAUAAAAUUCGAACUGCCAUAUUUAGAAACAGAAUUUGGAUCGAGAUCAAAUGUUAGAAACUUUUUCAAAGACGAUUUGUUCUGGUCCAAGUAUUUUGAGCCUGUAGCAUACAGAGAGAAAAAGAAACAGCUAGUGGAGACGUACUGCCCACCCAAACCAGCUUCUCCAUGGUCAGAUAUUGAAAUAUCAGAGCCACACCCAUUGAUUCUUACACAGAUAACUGGAUCCCUGAAAGAUAAGCAUCUACAGCAUCUGAUAGCAGAUUUCAGGGCAAGAGGUGGCAGGAUACAAUUACGGCCAAGAGCCAUUGUUUCUGAAGCAGAUAAACAGGACACACACCAAGUCACAGAAAAAACAGCACCAGGGGUUGACUGUUUAGACUAUAGUAAUCAUCAGAAGUUUAUGGUGUUAUUGAGUAGCCACUCAGAGAAUUCAACAAACUAUCCAAACCCAUGUGUUCCUCCACAACUUGUAUCAAUGCCCUUCUAUAGUGGACAAGAUAUGACCUUGGGUGGAUUCCUAGAAAAGUUCUGUUUCAGGGAAUCUUACUGUUGCCAGCCAUACAUGUGUCCCUCAGAGAAUUGUGAAGUACCAUUACUAGAUCAUGUUAGGAGAAUAGUACAUGGCCAUGGAUCUAUAUUUAUAUCUCUGAGGAAGUUAUCUAACUGUGUACCAGGAGGAGAUAAAGAUAUCAUGAUGUGGAACUGGUGCAGAAAGUGUAGACAGGCGACUCCCUUAGCAGCCAUGAGUAAUGAUACAUGGAGUUUAUCUUUUGCCAAGUUUUUAGAAUUGAGAUUUUAUGUGAACACAUUCACGAGACGUAUGGGACCUGAUCCUUGUUGUCAUUCAUUACAUCAUAGUUUCAGUCAGUACUUCGGAAGACGGAAUAUUGUGGCUACAUUCAAGUAUAUGCCAGUGAUAAAAAAAGAAAUAGUGCUUCCACCAAGUGUUAUCUCCCUUGAUUCACAAGUCCUGUUGUACCAAUGGACAACUCUCAGAGACAGCAUGAGAUCAGUAGAAAGAAGAGGUCUAGAAAUGUACAGUGGUAUAUUGGAACAGUUGGUUACGAUAAACUCGUCAAGUGAUGACCUGUCAAAGAUGAUCGUGGAUCUCACUAACAUGUUGGAGAGUGAGAAACACAGAUUAAAAGAAUUGAUUCAUAAAGGAAGACUUGAGGUUACCAAAAAGGAGAAAGAAAACACAGAGAACAUGUCAGAGUAUUUUGCACUGUAUGACGAUUCUUUAAAGAUGAUGAGAUUUCUGGCCGAUGCUGAUAUAAACUGGAGAUCUAAAAUGCAAGAGCUAUAUUCUCAACAUAAAAAGACCAGAACUUCACAGUCAAAAAAGGAUAAAGAUGCAGGAUCUUCAACAGCAGAACCAAAGAGAGACUCUGCAACCUCACUUCCAUCAGCCAAUGAAAUUCCCAAGAAAAAAGAAUCUUCUGGUUCCCUCCCAAUAAGUGAAGAGAGAAGGGACCAGCUUCUUGUAUUUUCAUCAUCUAAUAAAAAUCAGGGUAGUGUUGGAUCAGCAUCGUCUUCUUAUAGUGAAACCAUAGCAACACAAAGAGACAAAUCUGUCUUAGAACCAGACACUGGAAUACAAAGUGAAAGAAAUAGUAUUGUAUCUUCUGUUUUUGAAGCAGACACUAAAACUCAACCCAAAACAGACACAACAACCUCUAAAUCAUUCGGAGAACCUCCAUCAGAUUUAAAUACUGGUCAAGAUAGUGUGAAACACUGCCUUGAAGAUAAUAGGUCAGGGACAAAGAUAAAUCCAAUAAAUGUCACAUCUACUCUCCAAGACCUUCAGACCGAGGUCGAUCAAGACAAAUUAGAAUGUGAUCAACUUGAAUCAGAACCUGAAGAGGAAAUCAAGUCUGACAGAACAAUUUAUGACAGGACAUGGUCUGGUGUUUUUAUAGACAAAUCAGAUUUACCAUCCAUAACAGAACCGAUUAGCAUCAACCAGUCGCAUUUCCUAGAUGAGAGUGGUAUUUACAGUGUAACCCCAGGUUUAGAAGCAGGUAUAGGACCUUACAGUGACAGAUUAGCUGAUGCUAGUUUUUCUCCCUUUGUUGUACUACACACUUUGCAUGAAGGUUUAGAAGGAAGAACAUCAAGUUUUAUUUCACAAGACAAAGCACCGUCAGGACAACAGACAGAAUCAGUAACCAUAGAAACAAAGUCUAGGGACAGUCCAUCACAACUCUCCGGACACAUAUCUUCUGAGUCUAGUGCCUUGUCAGUGAAUGAUUUGCAGCCUCAUCAAACCUCCUCUCAGCCCCAGAAAUCCUCCUCUCAGUCUCAGCAAUUGUCCUCUCAGCCUAGUGAUGUUCAUACAGUACCCAUCAGUUUGUCUGUUGGUGUAGAAAUCCAGACGGACAAAGUAGACACAGAUAAAAAAGUUAAAACAAGGAAAGAAGCAACUAAAAAAGAUGAUUUUACAGACAGUCAGCAGGUAGAAAGAAUCAGUGGAAUCAUGAAGAAAACAUUCACCAACUUUUUGUCAGGAACAGGAUUACCUCCCCUGCCUUUUCCAUUUGAAUGUAGGGAGCAUCAUUUAUUACCAACUUGUUAUAAAGUUCCUGUUGUUGUCUACGAUCAAGAACCAAGUUCUAUUAUAGCUUAUGCUUUAAGCUCCUAUGACUAUCAACAAAGGUUACAGGAAAUCCAGUCAGCUUUUACUUCAUCACAGAAGCUCAUUAAUAGUAAGGAUAUGAAGUCAGCAGAGGAUGAGCUAGAUGGCUCAAAGAAGAAUGGAGGAACUACGUUGUCCUUUGUGAAGAAUAAAGACAGUAGUCCUAAAAUGGCCAAACUUGAUUCUGUCCAUUAUAAUGCCAAGAUAGAAACAGGAAGUGGGGAAUUCGAUGAGCAUGAAGGUUUCUCCAUUUUAUCGUCUAGUUUACCAGAAUCAACAAAAUCAGGGAAAACGGCUGCUGGACCUCAUAUUGAAUUACAAUAUUCUGACCAUAUGGCCAAGUUUUAUUGUAAGAUCUACUUUGCUGAACAUUUUAGAAAGCUACGUAAGCUUAUCUUCCCUGCUGGAGAGGAGAUGUUUAUCAGAUCAUUAAGCAGAUGUAAAAUGUGGGAAGCAAAGGGAGGUAAAUCAGGAUCAAAGUUCUGUAAAACUGAUGAUCAGAGAUUUAUACUGAAACAGAUGUCUGGAGCAGAAAUUGAUGUUUUUGAAAAAUUUGGACCAGAGUAUUUUACCUAUAUGAACAAAUCAUAUGUUGAACAGAAACCCACAGCUUUAGGUAAGAUUGUUGGAGUGUACAGAAUAGGCUUUAGGAAUACACACACCAAUGCUGGAAUGAGACAAGAUUUGUUAGUCAUGGAAAACUUAUUCUAUCAGAGGAAAAUAUCACAGACAUUUGAUUUGAAAGGUUCGGAGAGAAAUAGAUUAGCUAGUACAUCAGGGAAGAGAGAUGAAGAACAGGUUCUACUGGAUACUAAUUUAUUAAAUUUAAGUAUAGAGUCACCACUGUACAUCUAUCCUCACUCCAAGACAUUACUGAUGAAUGUUAUCAGUAGAGAUUCACAAUUCUUAGCUGCUAAUCUUGUCAUGGACUACUCACUACUGGUCGGACUGGAUGAAAACAGUAAUGAACUGGUUCUAGGUAUUAUAGAUUAUAUAAGAACAUUUACAUGGGACAAGAAAUUAGAAACCAUCUUGAAAUCUGCUGGAGGUAAACUGCCAACAGUUGUCUCCCCUGAGAUCUAUAAAAGUCGUUUCCUGUCAGCCAUGACUAGAUAUUUCUUACCAGUACCAGAUCAAUGGACAGGGAAAGACUUUGAUCCAACAUUAAGUUGAUGAUUGAUCUAGUGUAGUUCAUUAAAACAUUGAUAAUUUUUAUGCAGUGAUUUUUUUUGUUACAGACGUUUGUUAUGAUGACUAUGAUUUGUUGACCAAAUGUUUGUUACCAUAUCUGAUCACAUCUGUAUUAAAGAAUAGAAUGCUUCUUUUUGUAAAUCUAUUUG